UCUCUACAUGAGCAUAGUAUUCGCCUGCUCUUACACGCAAUAUAACAGGGCCACCAGGUGGUGUACUGCGCGUUACACUGAUCCUCCUCCCAUUGGGGCAGAGUGAUCUCCAGACGGGUAUCAUUCCCGAAAACAGCACCGCGAUCUCAGUUACACUCUCCUUCUCUACUACACCCGAAGAAGACCGUGAAAGUGUAUUGCAGGCACUACGACGCUGCCAGGCCUACUCGCUCUGCUCGCUCUCCUUCCCGUCUCACGCGGGGGCGUACUUGCCGCAUGGCCCACAGGUCGACCUCGAAGCGGACACGCAGCGCAGCGUGAUGGAUAUUCUCCACACCGGCCUACCCCUGCCGAAAAGCCCGUCGCUACAGAUGCGCGACAACCAGAGGCUUGGGAUCGACGUGAACGAGAGUACUGGAGGAAAGGGCGGGAACGACGCGGACCGUGAACGCGAGGAACGCGGGUGGUGGACGCUGCGCUUCCAGCAGGUCCUGCGCGAGGUGCAGCGGAGGGAUCCGAUGCUUUUGUUGUCGAUGUUUGGCGACUAAGUCUAUCUACUUUGCCCUCAGCUAUUUUCUUUGUUGCAUUAGCGGAGCUGACAUGAGGUUCGGUGCCGCCCAUAAUUAAUCACCUGUACGCACCGAUUGAUGAGUGUAGUACAUUGCCAAAUCUCAAUGAUGCGACUGCCCUUGU